ACGAGGAACCACAUCGUCCCGUGAAACGGCCUCACAGACCCCAGCACGAAUGCGAUGGAGAGGACUGUGAGUACGAGGAACCUCGUCGUCCCAUGAAACGCCCUCAUAAACCUCAUCAAGAAUGCGAUGGAGAGGACUGUGAGUACGAAGAACCACAUCGUCCCGUGAAACGGCCUCACAGACCCCAGCACGAAUGCGAUGGAGAGGACUGUGAGUACGAGGAGCCACAUCGUCCCGUGAAACGGCCUCACAGACCCCAGCACGAAUGCGAUGGAGAGGACUGUGAGUACGAGGAACCUCGUCGUCCCGUGAAACG